AUGAGACUUCAACUGCAGCAACUAAUCAACUAUUUAAUGCUAGCAGUAGCAGCACUAUACCUACAAAGCAGCCUGGCAUGUGCGAACAAGCCGGCAAAAGGCACUGAAGCCAAUACCAAUAUAAAAAAUCCAUGUCAGGAAAAAAAGUUCAAUGACAAGCUGAUACAAAUUUAUGAAGCUUCGCUAGCUGGCGCCCGCAGAACCCUAGCCGAGCUAGCGUCCGACAGCAGAAAGAUCAAACUAGCGCUAUGCAAAGAACAAGACGCCAACAGAGCGUCUGCGCUAACCCUGCUAGAAACCCUGACGGACUAUUCCCUUCGUAAAGCCAACAUGGAACUAACGACAAAAUCAGCCGCCGUAACAGCAGCAGUAACGGUCCUGAACAAAAGGAACGCCCACCUUUUAACCCUCAUGGGCAUAAAGCCCGGCGAAGUAACUUACCCAGAUGCAGCAGAAACGGCUGACGCAACAACCGAAAUGAGCGCCAGCAGCCGAAGUUGUACAGUAAAACCGAAAUUUGCCCCAACAACGGGCGAAGCUUGCCCGGUCGAAAACGGCAAUUACGACUCACAAGAAACAGCAGCGGCAAAGCUCGUCACUCUAAGGAGCUAUACGCCAAUAGCAGACGCCGAAUUCGCCGCCCACCAGUUAACGGUGAAAAUUGGUGGCAAAGGGGACGUGAACUCCGGCAACGCCCCGCUAACGACCAAAGAUGGCUGCAGCAGCUCUGCAGGCCACAACAAGGGCAACAUCGAUACCGGAAUGAUCAUUCUCGGCAUAUCGCCAACAAAAUCGACAUAUACCACCCAAACAACUUAUUUAGUCGGCGGUGACAAGGAAACCGAAGAAUGCGCUGCUGAGGAGGAACCCGAAACAAAAUAUUUCGUAACAGCAAAACACCUAGCUUACACUCUGUGUAGAAUAAGAAACAACCUCCCCAAGAUGCCAGAAAGGCCACUUACCAAAAAAAUAAAGGCACUACGGGCAGAAGCCGAUGUCCAACAGCUAGCAUACCUGGCACUCAACGGCAAACCGACCAAAGAAACGACAACAAAGCAGAAAGAAGAGGAAGCGGAAAAACUGUUAGGCACAGAAGACAAAACCGCAGAGGCUAAAUUCGUAGAACCCUACAACUCCCAAAAGUUUGACUUCGAAUCCACUGCGACAGACGGCGGCAAAAGCCUCACUGACCUAGUCGACGGCGAUGACUACGGGCUCGGGCUAGCGAUCUGCCAUUAUGAAGCGACCAAAAAAGCAAUAGCAACAACGAAAACCACACCUAAGGGAGACGGAAAAACAGAUUCAGCAGACAAAACAGAAGAAAAGAAAGACGGGGACAAUAAAACAACUGCAGCUGAGUGCAAAGCCACUGAAGAAGGUAAAUGUGACAAGACAAAAUGCACUUGGAACGCUGAGAAAAAACAGUUCAAAGUUAAAGAGGGAGCGGCAGUUAUUUCAGCUGUAAUUAAAGCCCCUCUUUUGCUUGCAUUUUUGCUUAUAUAA